AUGAAAUUAUUCUAUUUGGCCACACUGCUAGGAUUAGUAACACUAACUACAGCCAAUAUCAAUGGCCCAUAUCUACUUUGGGGUCAUGAAAAAGUCAUAAAUCUUCAGCCCCGAGCCCUAGUGGAAGCGAGUGAAAAUCAUUUUUCCGAUUUAUUUCGUGAUGCCAAAGCGAUUGUGAUAUUUGUUCGCAACAGUACAAAACGUUUAGAUGGCCAGCAGUAUCCGAAAUUCCAGGAAUUAAUACGAAAUAAUGCCUGGUCAUAUUUGCCACAGCAUUCAUUAUCGGCUGAUCCUUUUAAUUAUAAUGCCAAUAUUGAGGUUAUAAAUUUAAGUGGUCCCGUUGAGGAGAGUGAUUCGGAAAUUGUUGGUGGCUUCACCGAUGCUUUGUCCAUUUAUGGUGAAGGCGAAGUCUUGGGAAUAUUAGCCAGCCGUGAAGAAGAAGCUCACUUUAUUGCCAAACGUGCUGCCGGCGAAGGUGAGGGAGAUGAGAGUGCCAGUACCACUGCCUCACCACCCGGUCCUGAAGAAUUUGAGGAUAAUUAUAUAUACGUAGCAAAUGGUCGAAAAGCUGUUUUGAAUGUUAAUGCCGCCCCUGAAUUGCAUAUCAAUCACACCACCCUGUUGCUAAAAGAGCACACGAAAGAGAUAACAUUCGAUGAUCAACGUUCUAAGGGUUAUGGACGUUUGAGUGUGAUUUUCAAAGUGAAUGAUGAAAAGGCAACGUUGCGUUUUAAUUUCACCCUUAAAUAUGGAUCAUGGGCAAUGAAGGCCGUGGAGGUGCGUUACAAAGACUAUGAAACUGUUUUGCAAGUUGUUGGUCGUAUGUAUGAUAUACCCUCAGCACCAUUGAAAUUCUCGUAUAGAUGUUCGGCACGGGAAUUACAAUUUACAAAUGGUAAUGAUACACUGGUACUGAAAGAUUAUCAGGUCCAACCCUGGCUGGAUGGUGCUGAACGCUUUGGCGAUGUCUAUGAUUGCAUCGGAUUUACCACUGCUCCCAUAUGGGCGGGAGUAUUGGUAACAUUGUUUUUGGUCGGCAUUUUGUCAAUUGGCAUCUUGGCCCUAAUGGAUAUUAAGACACCAAAUCGUUUUGAAAGUUCACGCAGCAAACAAUUGACAUUUACAGUACAGGAGUAAAUUG